AUGUUGCCUCAAGUCUCCAACACCCCGCCUCCCGCCUUCAACGUGGGACACCCAUCAAUCCCGCUCACUGGAUCUCUGAAAGAUGUGAAUCAUGUGGUCUUGUUCAUGCAGGAGAAUCGUGCUUUUGAUCACUACUUUGGCUCAAUGGCUGGCAUACGGGGUUACUCUGAUCCCAAUGUUCAAGUUAAUGCCGGUCGUCCCGUAUGGUACCAAGAUGUUGAUAGCUCGCUCUCGGAUAACACGGAUCAUCUCCUCCCGUGGUAUCUGAACCAUCUCGGUGGUAGCUGGCCUGAAGCUUCUCAGUGUAUGGUUGCUGGAGAGAAUGGAUGGCAUGAAAACCAGGGCGCCCUAAAUGGAGGUCUCAAUAAUCUCUGGGCACUUAACAACACCCCAUGGAGCUGGGGCCACUUUAGGCGGGACGAGAUUCCAGUUCAUUUUGGCAUUGCAGAAGGCUGGACAGUCGCAGACAUGUAUCAGGAAUCCGUCAUAGCAAUGACCAACCCUAAUCGCGUCGCCUGGGUAAGCGGCUCCAUCAAUGCUCCCGGUUCUCCCCAAACCCCCGACCAAGGCGGCCCAACCAUCGACAACAACGAAACUCCUGGCUGCGAAGGCGAUCAUCUAAACUGCUACCCCCUGAAAUGGAAAACCGCCCCGGAAUACUACCAAGACGCCGGCGUCUCCUGGCAAGUCUACCAAGACCGCAACAACUUCGACGAUAACCCCUUCGCGUGGUUCUGGCAGUACCAAACUGCCCUCCCAUGGCAACCGCUCUCCACCCGCGGCGUCUCCUUUCUCCACUCCCUCGACGCGUUUUAUGUUAGCGCUGCGGCCGGCACAUUACCUCAAGUGUCGUAUAUCAUCGGCCCUGAACAACUAAGCGAGCACCCACCCUACCAGCCCAAAGACGGCGCCUGGUUACAGAAAAAAGUGGUCGAUGCCGUCACCAAAGGCGCCUCCUACAACGACACAGUCCUCAUAAUCUCCUAUGACGAGACCGGCGGCUGGGGCGAUCACGUGACGCCCUACCACUCCCCUGAAAACACCCAAGGCGAAUGGAUGAAAGACCCGUACGGCAAUCUCGGCGACGUCUAUACCGGUCCCGGCUUUCGAGUGCCCUUCUACAUCGUCUCACCCUGGACGCGCGGCGGCCACGUCUUCACCGAGCACGCGGACCACAUCUCGCAGAUUAAGUUUGUGGAGCAGUGGCUUGAGACAAAGGGGUUCAAUGUGACCUCCGACCAAGUUCCCCAUUGGCGACGAGAACAUAUGUCAGACUUACUAAACGCGUUCGACUUCUUGCACCCGGAUUUCUCAUUGCCUGAGAUACCUGAAGCAGACGCCCCGAGCAAGGAUUUCUGGGGCCGGUAUGACGGCUACGCCAAAUGCGAAGCCAAGUUCCCCGAGAACCGUCCACCGGUGCCGUAUGGGCAGCAAACCGAAAAGGAGUCGCUGGUCUCCGAAGAAGGCUUCAAGAAAGUCCGCGGCCAGCUUACCGAGGGGCGCUAUCUCGUUUUCGAAGCUUUCGGGUGGGCUGUUACGAAUAAAGAUGGGCGAGUCGGUGUAUCGCGGGCGUCCGCUAAACAUGAGAAAAAGGCGCAGCGGUGGGUCGUGCAUCAGGACGCACCCGCGUCGGAUGUUUUCACGGUUAGUAGCGCUGUGGAUGGGCUGUUUAUCGGGAAAGGGUUGAGGUUAGUGAAAGGAGUAGCGGAGGCGCAGAAGUUGAGAUUCACGGAUCUAGGGAAUGGGCUUGGGUAUGCUAUCCGGACUGGUGAUGGUAGAUCAAUUAGCCUCACCAAGGACGGGAGGAUAGGAUUUGAGGGGAAGGGCGGGUUUGGGUUCGAGCUGUUCAGUGUUACGUAUCGGGAUUGA